AUGAGAGCGCUGCUGCUGCUGCUACUGGUGGGCUGGGCUCUGGCAGCCUCCGUGGAUCGACCAAGGCGACAGCUUUUAGGUAAUGCGCUCGACCUCCAGUCAUCUCUGGGCGGCUACCUUCCACCACGAGAAGAGCCCUGCCAGCCUUCAACCGUCUACCGUACACAGACGCAGUACUCCACCCAGGUCAUCACCUCCACCGUCUACAAGAGUGACGUACAGUACGUCACUCAGACGUCGGUCAGCACUCAGCAGGUCUACACCACCGUCUACUCUGAGAUCGUCAGAACGCAAGUGGUGCCGUCCAUCCAGUACCAGACAGUGACCGUCACCCGUACCCAGGACAACGUCCGCACACAGGUCAUCACUCUACCUCCCCAGGUCAACUACGUCACACAGACGCAACAAGUCGUCAACACACAGGUUCAAUACCAGACCGUAUACUCGACCCGCAUUCAGCAAAUACCAUCAACAGUUACCAGGACUGAAGUUUCUACACAAGUGGUUCCUCAGCAGGUAAUCAGCACAGUCUACCAGACCCAGUAUGUGACCAGCACCCUGCAGCUUCCUGGACAGACCCGCACCAUAGACAGUACCCAGUACAGCACCAUCUACUCCACCGUGGUGGUGCCCGCUCAGGACGUGGUCAGUACAACACAAGUUAUCAGGACCAACGUCGUCACCCAGACCAUCACCCAGCCAGGCCAGACCCAGUACAUCACUUCCACCCAGGUGGUUCCUGUCACCACCACCAUCUACUCCCAGGUGGUGGUCACCAACACCCAGACACAGUACGUGACCCGCACCCAGGUACAGCAGGUGGUCUCCACCUACUACAGUACACAACAGGUGCCAGAGUACAUUACCAGGACCGUUACCGUUCCACAAGAGGUAGUGAAGACCCAGGUAUCAACACAGGUGGUGCCCACAACCAUCUACACCCAGCAGGUGGUACCCUCUGUGGUCAACCUUCCCGGCCAGACCCAGUAUAUCACCGUCACCAGAACCUCUGUCAGCACCCAGCAGCUGCCAGGCCAGACCCGCACUGAAUAUCAGACCACAACCAUCUACAACACCAACUACGUCACCUCAACCGUUGUCAACCAGCAGUACAACACCGUGACGGCCACCAGUACCUACCAGCCCACCUGCAGCACCGGCUACAACUACCCCACACCCGCCAAGGCAUUCAAUGCCUUGGGGAAAUAAGCGCAGUUUCCAGGCGAGGAUGAUCACUAUACAAUGUGUAGUUUACCAAUAUACACUUCAGAGAUGUGUAGAGUCCUUCAAACUACACGUCUCGUAUACUUUAAGAUAUUUAAUAAAUUAUACAACAAAUAGAAUAUUCAUAAAGCAUAAUUAACUACACAGAACAAACAAUAUAAACUUUGAUAUCUAGUAGAGAGAACAUUUUACAACAAAUAUUUACGACACUCGCUGAACCAUAUUUCGCAUUAAGAGAAAUAUAAUUUGAUUUCUUCUAAUUAUAGUAAAUUUAUGUAUCCUACUACUGUUGGAAAUGAUGCGUUGUUGAAACAUAUGAAUAAAAAAUACAUGCGAA